GCAAAACGCUCACAGCUCAGACCCGAGGCACGAUGGAUGAACUUACAAUAGUAAACAUGGAUAUGCAACGUUUGCAAGCGCGGUUGAAGCUCAUGGAGGCUCGGGAUGAUGAGCAAUACAAGUUGCUCAGGGAAACUCAAUUGGGCCUUGAAGAAGCAAAACAGCAGUUGAAGCUGGCAGAGGGCAGGGCGACGGCAGCAGAGGCCCGCGCUGCUCAGGCAGAAGCGCAGGCCGCACCGGCCCCGCCUGGAGCCCAGGUCGCCACAGAGGCCCGGGCUGCAGAGGCGGAGACCCGUGCUACCGCAGAAGCUGAGGCGCGGGCGGCAGCGGAGGCGCGGGCAGCGGCGGCGGAUGCUCGGACGGCGCAGGCGGAGACCCGUGCUACCGCAGAAGCUGAGGUACGGGCGGCAGCGGAGGCGCGGGCAGCGGCGGCGGAUGCUCGGACGGCGCAGGCGGAGACCCGUGCUACCGCAGAAGCUGAGGCACGGGCAGCGGCGGAGGCGCGGGCAGUGGCGGCGGACGCUCGGACGGCGCAGGCGGAGACCCGUACUGCCGCUGAAGCUGAGGCGCGGGCGGCAGCGGAGGCGCGGGCAGCGGCGGCGGAUGCUCGGACGGCGCAGGCGGAGACCCGUGCUACCGCAGAAGCUGAGGCACGGGCGGCAGCGGAGGCGCGGGCAGCGGCGGCGGACGCUCGGACGGCGCAGGCGGAGACCCGUGCUGCCGCUGAAGCUGAGGCGCGGGCGGCAGCGGAGGCGCGGGCAGCGGCGGCGGAUGAGUGCGCUGCAGCCGCGGGUCUCCGGGCGGCUGCGUCCAAGUCGCGGGCGGAUCGGGAGGUCUCAUCUGCGAGGGCAGCCGUGGCGGCGGCGGAGGCGCGGGCGGCAAAGGUGAAGCAGGAGGCUGCAGAUGUCCACAGGCAGUUUGGGGCUGAUGGAAGCGGAAGCGGAGGCGGAGGCGGGGCAACUGCACGAGACGCGGAGAUUGCGCAACUGCGCGAGCUGGUGAAGCGUGUGCUGGCUGAGGCAGAGGAGCUGAAAGCACGCGUGGCGGCUUUUCAGCGGGAGGUGGAGGCGCUGCAGACGCCGUCAGGGCAGCCAACUGAAGCGGCACAACAGCCGCAGACGCAGCAACAGCACCCCCAGCAACAGCCGCCGCAAGGGCUGCAGCAGCAGCCGCAGGAAGGAGAGCCGCCGCAGCAGGAGGCGCCAGAGCAGGGACAGACACCGCCGCCCCUGGAGGAAGAUCUGACAGCGGCAGUGGAUGCAGCCGGCUCGGCUUCAGCCAACUCACCGCCCUCGCCGCGGUAUGCUGCGCCAUCGCCCGCAUUGCUGCCGGCUGCCGGGCCGUUGGUGCUCGAGCCGGACUUCCUCCCAGAGCAGGGGCCGCCGCUGUUGCCGCAGCUGCAGCACGUUGAGCCGCCGCCUCUGCAUGCGGAAGACGACGCUCGUUGGCAGCAGCAGCAGCAGCAGCAGCAGCAGCAGCAGCAGCAGCAGCAGCAGCAGCAGCCCGCGUGCGCCACCGGCCGAAGCAGCGGGUCGGGAGUCGGAGCCGGCGGCAUCAGGGGCAUGGCCUCGCACCGUGCCGAGCCGCAGCAGCAGCCGGCUGCAGCAGCGGCGGCAGCAGCGGCAGCGGGCUCCAACAGCGACGCCGUGCAGCGGCCCAGCAAGCGUCAGCGCGUUGGGCCGGUCACGCCGGGUCAGGUGCAUGAGGCGCGACCAGCUAGCAAUGCUGAUGCGACGGCAGGCGCAGCUGCUGACACUGCUGACACUGCUGGCGUGGCGGCGACUGAAGCUCCUGCUCCCGCUGCUGCUGCGGCUGCUGCUGCGGCUGCGGCUGCGGAUGCGGAUGCGGAUGCGGAUGCGGCUCCGGCUCCGGCUCCGGCUGCGGCUGCGGCUCCGGCUGCGGCUCCGGCUCCGGCUGCGGCUCCGGCUCCGGCUGCGGCUCCGGCUCCGGCUGCGGCUGCGGCUCCGGCUCCGGCUCCGGCUGCGGCUCCGGCUCCGGCUGCGGCUGCGGCUGCGGCGGCGGAUGCGGCUCCGGCUGCGGCUGCGGCUCCGGCUCCGGCUGCGGCUCCGGCUGCGGCUCCGGCUGCGGCUCCGGCUGCGGCUCCGGCUGCGGCUCCGGCUCCGGCUGCGGCUGCGGCUCCGGCUCCGGCUCCCGCUGCGGCUGCGGCUCCGGCUGCGGCUGUGGCUCCGGCUGCGGCUCCGGCUGCGGCUGCGGCUGCGGCUCCGGCUCCGGCUGCGGCGGCGGCGGCGGCGGCGGCUGCGGCUCCGGCUGCGGCUGCGGCUCCGGCUCCGGCUGCGGCUCCGGCUCCGGCUGCGGCUCCGGCUGCGGCUCCGGCUCCGGCUGCGGCUGCGGCUGCGGCGCCAGCCGUCGGCGCUCAGCCCAGCACGCCAGGGGGCCGGUCGCGGGCUUUCAACAGCCUGCGGCCGCAGCGGCUGCUGGGUGCGAGAGCAGGCCCGGCGCCCGGGCCACAGCAUGGGCCUCCCGACGCCCCGCCGGGCUCGUUGUGGGAGCUGCAGCAGCGCCUUGCAGCAGUGGCGGCGGGCGGUGGCGGCGGGGCGCUGGAUCUCGACUUUGGAGGUGCGGAGCUGCCGCCAGGGCCGAAGCCGCUGCCGGGUACGGGCGCGCUGCGCAUCGAGUGCGGCGUGCCGGUGACGCUCCGCAAUGCCGUGCUGCCUGCCUGCGUGGUGGUGGAGCGCUGCCCGCUGGCGGUGCUUGUCGACGUGACCUGUCGGGCAGUGCCCUGGCGGUGGGUGCGUACCGGCGGCUGCUGGCAACCGGUGGCGGAGGCCUUGGUGACGGUGUCGGGCGCAGGCACGCUCGCAUUUCUGGACCGCUGCCCCUUGCAGAUGAAGGCGGCUGGAGCCGCUGCAAGCGCCGGAGCCGCCGCCGGAGUCGGCUCCGCUGCAGCUGCCACCGGAGCUGCCGGCGCGGCAGGGACUGGCGGUGACAGCAGCAGCGGCGGCACCAGCGGCGAUCUCGGGGCGGCGGAGCCUCCGCUGGCGAAGGACCCGAAUACGGGGUUGGUGUACAGCCGGCACGGCGUCAUGGCCCGAUACGGCGCCACUGCCGUACUCCGUGACUGCAGCGUGGCGGGCGCGCACCCGGUGGCGCUGCAGCGGGACACGCCGCGCAUCGACAACAAGGUGCCAUUCGCCUCCAUGGGCGUGGCGGCGGAGGGCGAGGGCAGCCGGGUGGUGGCAGUGGGCGUGACCGUGUCGGACUGUGUGGUGGGCUUCGAGGCGUACGAGGGCGCGCACGUGCAGGCCUACGGCUGCGGCGCGCGUGACGGCGCCAACGGCUUCGCCGCGGAGAGCCGCGGGCAAGUGCACUGCGACGACCGCGCAGCGGGCGAGACCGCGCUUGCCGCCUUCCAGCUUGGCAGCAGUAACAGCAGAGGCGAUGGCAGUGGCGCCGGCGGCAGCGGCAGCGGCGCUGCGAGUGCUGGCGCCGGGGAUGCCCGUGGCUCGGGCUGCUAUGCGGUCAACAUGCUGGAGAGCAGCUUUGACGUCCAGCACGCGGGCUCACUGGUCGAGCUGCGCCCUGGCUGCUGGUCGCGCGGCGCGGCGCACUCGGCUGUCAUGGCCAGCAAGAAGGGAACGCUGCGAGCACGCGGUUUUUCGUCCCACGAGGACGAGAGUGGCUUCUUCGCUGUGGACGACAAAACGGUCAUGGAGUUGGGCGCCGGUUGCGUCGUGCGGGGAGCAAAGGCACGUGGCGUCGUGUCACAGGACAAGGCGCGGAUACGGAUUGGUCCGGCACCGCCCGCGUCGCCGGAGCCGACGGACUCGGAAGGCGGCGGUGGCGGUGGCGGUGGCGGUGGCGGUGGCGGUGGCGGCAGCGGCGGCGCAGGGCCUGGAUCCGCGGCGGCGGCAGCUGCAGCAGGCGCGCCGGGAGUGGGAGGCCAGGACUGGGACGUCCUGGUGGACGGCUGUGGGGCGGGAGAGGGCGGGUGUGACGGCGAGGGAUUCCUGGCGGUUGGUGGCGAACUGAUGCUGCGGCCGGGCGCCCGUGUGGCCGCUGUCGACUGCGCCGCGGACGGCUUCGUGGCAGCCAGUGGCGGGAAGCUGGACGCGACGGCGGCGUCCGAGUGCCUGGCGCAGGGCUGCCAGAAGAGCGGGUUUUGCGUCGAGGACCGGGGCUCUAAGCUGGCGCUGGGCAGCGGCGUGUGCAGGGCGGUGGGCAAUGUGGAGGGCGGUGUGGUCGUUGAGAAGGGCGGCGUGGUGCAGGGAGCGCUGGUGGGCUGAGAAAGGUGCCGACUCGACUUUGUUUGAUGUGCGUUGGUUGACUGUUGCAGAUGCCUUGGGACACGUUGCAUGGUUUGCACGCUCCACAUACUGGUAGUACUUAAGGGACAGCGUUACGGCGCAAUGGUAUGAUUCAAAGGGACGUGUGGAACGAAGUUGACAUGAAGCGACGAGGCGGGGUUUGGGCGAAGAUGUAUGUUUCAGUAUUGGCGAGGUGCGCGAGUCAGAGAGCCAGUAGCUUGUCACCGCAGGAUGUACUUACUCAAAUGAAACGCGAAUGUACCAUAUCCAUACCAUAUGUAUGAACGGGCACCCACACGGGCAGGUGGGUGCUCGACAUCAUCUUGUCACAGGGCUUGCUGGUGCAGUGGUCAGUGGUGGGAGGCCUUCAGAACCCAUGAUGUGUGCCUCAAUGCGGCGGUUGGUUUCGUGGGCUCAUUGAGGGCGUGCUUUGUGUAUGUACGUAUGUAACGGCACCGCAGCUAUUGUGAGGACAGAUAGUAGGACACGUAGGAGGUAGGAUUCCCAAUGACGAAUGGCAACAGUGCCGUGGCGGUGGCGCUCGGGUCGGGCGUGUUUUCGUGCCGACAUGAUCCCGGUCUUGCGAGGCGCUGACGCAAAGCUAUGCCAAAUCGGGAAGAAUUUUUAAACAACACUAUGUGAAUGGCAACAGUGGCGCCGUGGCGGACUGGCGGUGGCGCUCGGGUCAGGCGGAUCGUCUGCGUGUUUUCGUGCCGACAUGAUCCCGGUCUUGCGAGCAACGAAAAGAUGUGCAAAACAACAUAACGAGAAUGUUGAGUAUUUAAUGGUGG